CCCUCCUACCUGGCUCCCAAGUCCCAACCGUCUCCUUCCACCCUGCCUGCCUUCCUUCCACUCCCAUCCACCGUGCCUGGCUGCAGAACCACCCGCCUCCCUCCGCCCGUCUCUCCGUCACGGGCGUCGCCAAAGACAAGGCUGCAGACUGCCUGCCCCAUCCCGCAGUGAGGAUACAGUAAUAAGGCGAAGGGGCACGGCACGCCAUCCAGGAGUUACGACGGGAGCGUCUCCUCGCUGGCUGUCUACAGGAGGACCCGAUAAUACAUCCUGUGCCGAGCUUCCGUGUGGCUCACGCAGGAGCUACCGGUACUUUAAGUACUUUAAGCGCCCUAGGAGAAUUCCCAAGUCUCCUCCAGAAUCAAGAUCAAGGGUGUUUGUUUACACUUUACGGCAAUGUGUGAAAGAAACACCGAGAGAGCCUAACAAAUAGACACCCUGGCCGUAACAACAACAACAACAUAAAUAGAAUACAGUUAGUGAGACAAAAGGCGAGAGAAAAGCAUUAAAGAAAGUAAACAUGAAGGCAGUGCUGUUGAAUUAAGUAAUCUUCCCGACAAGAAGCAGAGGAGCAAGGACUGGACGGCCUGAGGAGUGGUAGUGCAAGGCGAAACGGGUCACAGGAAGAGAGGAUUGUCUACAAGAGCAUAACGACGGAAGGGAAGCUGUGAGAACAUUUAAGAGUAAGGGAGUGAGGCUGAAAGCUUUGUACAAUCUGCUGCUUAUGGAUCAAACCUGAGCUGUGUACUGCCAUGAUGACGUGUGUGACAUUGUUAGCAGACACAGCUCUCAUCUGCACCUCAUUUCAUUAGAUAUAUCAGGUAUAUUUUGUAAAGUUUCUCAUGCUGAAAGAAAAGAAAAGUGAUGGAAGGAAGAGUGUCUGGUCAGCGUAGAGGUUGCCAAGACACCACUUCUCUGGCAUCAUCUUAAGAUAGACCAAAGCACACCAUAUGUGGUGUGAGUACUGUGACAAGAUGAAGAGAGCACGCACCAAGUUUGUGGACAUGUUGCGGCUGCAUGUGCGGGGCGGACCGGGGGGCAUGGGCCUGCCACGUCUCGGGGGUGUGGGCGGCAAAGGCGGUGAUGUGUAUGUGGAGGGCAAGGAAGGCCACAGUCUGCUGAAGGUGCGCAAGGCUCGGCCAGACCAGCGGUGGGUUGGGGCAACAGGCAUGGACAGUCGCAAGUAUCGCAUCUGUGGAGAGGCUGGUGCUGAGCUAGUCAUUCCUGUCCCCACUGGCACCACCGUUUGGCAUGAGCAGUACAAGAAAGCGCUGGGUGAGAUAAACUGUGCAGGAGACAAGGUGUUGGUGGCUCGAGGUGGGCAAGGUGGCAACCCCAACAAUCAGUACAAUGGUCAGAAGGGUCAGGCACACAUGGUGAAGCUAGAACUGAAGCUGUUGGCUGAUGUAGGUCUUGUGGGCUUUCCUAAUGCUGGCAAGUCCACACUGCUGCGGGCCAUCUCCAGAGCCAAACCCAAGGUGGCCAGUUACCCGUUCACAACGCUGCAGCCGACUCUGGGUGUGGUGGAGUACAGCGACAUGAGACAGCUGACCAUCGCUGACCUACCAGGACUCAUCGAAGGUGCCUGGGCCAAUGUGGGGAUGGGACACAGCUUCCUGCGCCAUGUAGAGCGGACACACUUCCUUCUCUUUGUGGUGGACAUCAAUGGCUUCCGGCUGUCACCCAAACACCCUCACCGUUCAGCCACUGAGAAUGUCAUGCUGCUCAACAGGGAGUUGGAGUUGUAUUCACCUGAACUGCUGAGUAAACCAGCACUCCUGGUGGUGAAUAAGAUGGACUCCCACAAUGCUGAACAGAAGUAUAAAGAUGUGAGAAAUUUCCUCUCAUCUGCUUCAGAGGUGAGCCAGCAAUUCCCUGAGGAGUUCCGGCCAGAGCAACAUGUGUCCUUUGAUGACAUCAUCCCCUGUUCAGCCAAGACCAACCAGGCGUCUGUGCUCCACAUCAAGGAACGAGUACGCAUGUUCUUGGACCUGUACCAAGACCUGAGUGGCCAGCAGGGAGUAAAGGAAGAAAAAGCCAUUCAGAGGGUUCAUGGCCAGCUUCAGGAGGGUCCCCUGCGCCUGGUAUGAGUGGGAGGGGCUGUCAUGGUGUGUGAAAUGUAAAUGUGUACAGAUAAAGUGUGUCAGCUCUAA